GUCCAGUUCGGUUUGGAUUCGGCCUACUUUCGCGCCGCAGUUCGGUUCGGAUUUUGUCUCACUCGGGGUUCGACAGACAGGAUUAUUACUGCGAUAACUGUAAGGAAGGCGGGCGUGCAAGCUGCAACAUAAGUUGCAAAUUAUGCGUUGUCCACCGUGGCGGGAUGUUGUAGCACAUUGCAUCUGAUAAAUUGGGUUACGUUAAGCGAUGGUGAAAACCAGUAAGCAAAGGAAGCGGUUUUGGCUCGAAAUCCGAGCAAAAUCCAGCCCAAGAAGCAUAGUGUGAGCGCUUUACGGAAUCGGUCUGAAGAAAGCAAAAUAUUCUCGAGAAGAAUCACACUCGAUCUCGGAUCAGUGCGAAUCGGUGGCGGGUUGUGGAAAACGUGCUAAAGGAAAAAGUGGGAAAUUUAAGUUUGCACGGCUGUGUGUUGGUGUUUCGCAAAAAAAAAAAAUAUUGAUGUCGGCAUCUCGUAUUGAAGUGCAACUCGAGCAAAAUUUGUCCGGAGUGAGAAGAAAGAUGUGUGUUCAGAUUGCUUCAUCUGGUUUGAUGUUGUUUUUCUGCCUACGGUUCCUUUCCUCGGCGGUGAAGUGAAGCAAUACAGAGGCAAAAGAAGAAUCCGAGGAUUGUGUGUGGCUGCGGAAUAUAAUGAAGUUAGUGAAAACAAGUGAAAGAGAUAAUAAAGAGGGUGUAAAGAAUGCGCAAAAUGGCAAACGUGUACUCGGUGUUCAGUUCCAUUGUCCUGGUGCUUGGUUAUGCUAAUGUUGGAUUAAGCAUUCAGCAGCCGGAUGCAUAUGGCAUGCAUGAAAUGUCGGGCAUCGGCCCGGAUGCCGACUUUCAGCACCACAAUCGCUGCGAACCGAUUACAAUACCCUUCUGUACGGAUAUCCAGUACAACAAAACCAUCAUGCCGAACCUGCUCGGCCAUGUCAAACAGGAAGAAGCGGCUCUCGAGGUGCACCAGUUCAUACCGUUGGUUAAAAUCGACUGCAGUCCAGAUCUCAAAUUCUUUCUCUGCUCCCUGUACGCCCCGGUCUGUACCAUCCUAAGCUAUCCGAUACCUCCCUGCCGGAGCCUGUGCGAAAGUGCUCGCGUGUGCGAAACUAUUAUGCGGACUUUCGAUUUCCAGUGGCCGGAGAACCUUGAAUGUAGCAAAUUUCCAACCGAAGGAAAGGAGCUCUGCGUGUCGCAGAACAACUCAUCCGAGAGCACCCCGAUCCCGCCAAGUGCGGUCCACACCACCAAACCGCAGAUUCCCCGUCGGAACACUGCACCGAACGUGCCCCACCGGGAUCUGGGCUUCAUCUGUCCCGUGCAACUGAAAGCCCCGACGAUAAUGGGCUAUCAACUGACUGUCGGCGGAAAGGUCACGAAAGACUGCGGUGCGCCCUGCAACUCGAUGUUCUUCUCGGAAAACGAACGGACCGUGCUCAAGUACUGGGUCGGCUCGUGGGCCGCCGUCUGCGUGGCAAGCUGUCUGUUCACGGUGCUCACGUUUCUGAUCGAUUCGUCGCGUUUUCGAUAUCCGGAGCGACCGAUUGUGUUCCUGGCGAUCUGCUAUCUGAUCGUUGGCUGUGCGUACGUCGCCGGACUGGGGGCCGGCGAUUCGGUAGCGUGCCGGGAGCCGUUCCAGCCACACAUAAAACUGGGCCGGAUGCAGAUGCUGGCGACCAUUACGCAGGGCCACCGGCAGUCCACCCUGUGCACGGUACUCUUCAUGUCGUUGUACUUCUGCAGCAUGGCGGCAUUCGCCUGGUGGGCCUGUCUGGCGCUGGCCUGGUUUCUAGCCGCCGGCCUCAAGUGGGGUCACGAAGCGAUCGAGAACCGGUCUCAUCUGUUCCAUCUGGUCGCCUGGGCCAUUCCGGCGGUGCAGACGAUUUUCGUGCUCGCACUCGGCAAAGUGGAAGGUGACGUUCUGUCCGGGGUAUGUUUCGUGGGCCAGCUGGACACUCACUCGUUGGCAAUGUUCCUGCUGAUUCCACUGUGCAUAUACCUGUCGCUGGGUGCAAUCUUCCUGCUGGCCGGGUUUGUGUCCCUGUUUCGGAUUCGAACCGUCAUGAAGCACGACGGCACCCGAACGGACAAACUGGAACGAUUGAUGCUACGGAUCGGAUUCUUCAGUGGUCUCUUUAUCCUACCCUCACUAGGAUAUUUGGGUUGUUUGAUCUACGAGUUCUACAACUUCGACGAUUGGAUGAUCCAGUGGAACCGGCAGAUGUGUAGGAUCUUUUCGAUACCGUGUCCGGCCACCAAGUACAACAGCAGCAUGGUACCGGAGGAGGAGAAACCGAUCUUUCACAUCUACAUGGCGAAGUACGUGUGCUCGAUGCUGGUCGGUGUGACGUCCAGCGUUUGGCUGUGGUCCGGAAAGACCGUGGUCAGCUGGCGACAGUUUGCGGAACGGUUGCAGGGAAAGGACAGCCGCAGUCGGGGAGCUUACGUUUAGAAGGGAGCUCGUGCGGGGUUAGUCCAGUGAAUGUAAUUGCAUUUAGCUAACGCAGAUUUCCGGAGACUUAUGACACCUGUUUUUCUCGAACAUUUAUAGAGUUUAUGAGAACGUUUCUUGGGCGGCCCCAACAGUAAAUAAGUGGUAAACUUUUGAAACCAAAGCUACAUAUCGGAAUGUAGCGAAGUAAAUGUGUAACAUAGAUUUACAGACGUGUUUUGUCGGUAGAUCCCUUAGGCUUUAGGUGCGUGAGUAGUGCGUACGUACAUUACACAUCAUCACAUGCCGUAAUGAGUUCGACAACGAUCGAGAAACGGCGAAAAAAUCGACAAUCGAUUUUUUGUCGAUUGCAAAUCAAAUCACUAAGUUGGUAAAUCUAAUGCAACAGACUGUCCGUAUAUCAGUUGAGAAAUACUCCUAAACUAAUUAGUUUCCCAGAACGUUGUUGAACUCACGAACGGAAGUAUAAGUAGAAAGCGAAUAAUCAAAAUAAAACUCCUUAGAAUAUUACGUAGCUGCUAAGUUCUUCUGUAAAUUAGUCAGUCGUAGUCGGCGCAUGUUUCCGAAAAAAAAAUCUAACUUGAGUGUGUUGAUCUGUUUUUAAUUUUUUUAACCAUGAAAACCGCUUUACCCAGUCAUGGGUUAGCGAAUCAACAAUUUCAGUUUUAUUCACACCUUGAAUAAACGUCGCCAAAUAUGUAGAAAGUUCAGCAAUUUUAUGUUGAACAUAUGCACAUAGGAAUUUCAGUUCAUUUGCAUACGUAAGUUGAGUCAUUGAUUGAUUGAUUGAACCGAAUCUCAUUGGUUUGAUACAUUCGAAGCGAUAUGAACGUUGUUUCACCUCUACUUUUUAAGAUGUAGUUUUAAGCUGAUCGAAUUGUGUCAUACAAAAACAGACUGCGAGUAUAAAAUAGUUUAUUAUGUACGAUUGUAAAAAGUAUUACUAAUCAACCCGGCGGUAGACGUUUACGGAACUAGUUAAGUGGAAUGCGACCUUAGAAAAACUGUAACAUAUUAAAAUAAAUACGAACUAAUGCAUCGUUGGUAUCAUUCGGAAAACGAAACCCUUUACACAACCAGACAACAAAUAAAAUGCUAUAAAAAA